AUGUCAAUUUAUAUUAACAGUGAAGACAUAAACCUUUUAAUCCUCCACUAUCUCCGAGAACGUGGUCUAAAUCAUGCUGCCUUCAUCUUAGAACAAGAAUCCAAGCUUAAAGAUUGUCAAGUCCCUCCUGGCGCUCUGAUUAAUUAUCUGCAGAAAGCGUUGCUUAUGGAAGAACUGGACUCACAUAUACUUGAAGAAGUAAAAUUUAUAUAAGGUCGCUCUCCAUCAAGGCUUCCAGCGCUGUCGGGGCGAAUUUCGGCUCUUACAUUCACAUACAUGUGGGUACCAAACAACGCCACGAUCAAUAGUUGAUAACUCCAAUGGAUUCGCAGACGACGAAGACCCUGAUGUAGUAACACUUGAAGGUCACUCUGGAAAAGUUGCUUAUAUUUCGUAUGAGAAAUCGUGGAUUUUGUCAGGGUAAUUUGUAUUCAGAUCUUAUGAUGGAACAGCUCGUUUGUGGAGAAUUGGCUUGGAGCUGUCGGAUUGAGAAACAAUUAGCAUUCUUCCACACAUUUCUGGGUCUGCUCAGAUGUUUGAGGUCACUGCCAUUGCAAUAAACAGACAUAAGGGUAUUGCAUCACUGGCAAAGGAUGGGUAUGUAAGAAUGUGGGGAAAUAGAUGGGAACUGAUAGGAACUUUAUUCCACGAGUCCGAAAUUGUAGGCUUAGAGUGGGAUCCAAGCGGGUAUCAUUUAUUGACGUUUUCUAAAGAUUCGAUUAGGCUGUGGGAUACCCAAGGGUCGCUUAAACAAAUUUUUGACCAUAGAAAUACAGAAGUUUCUGAUGUCAAGUGAAAAGGAGAUGAUGAAUUUAUAGUAGCAACUUCUGAAGGGAUUUUUAUAUGGAAGAUUGGUGAAAAUGUUGCGAGAACUUUGUGCAAUUUUCUUAUUCUGCUCAGUGAUAAAUAAAUUUUUAAUAAAAUUAUUUUAUGAUAUAAAAAUUUUAUAUAGGACAAGAAGUUAGCGUGAAGAAAAUUAGGAUGGACUCAGAAGGGAGGCUACUAGCAAUGAUCACUGAUGAAAACUUAGGGUUCUAUGACCAAGACGGGCCUUGGUGGAUGAAAAAAAGUGUGUCUGCCUUUGAAUGAAAUCCUUGCCAGCCUUUAUUUAUUGCAGGAACCUCACAAGGAGAGCUGGAAUUUUGGAAUCCAGUUAAAAAAUCUUCAGGGCCUUCGUUUAAAGCUCACAGUAGCCAAAUUACCAAGAUUUCUCAUAGAAGCGAUGGCGAUUAUUUUGCGAGUGGCAGCGAAGAUGGAGUUGUUUUUAUAUGAUCUGUGGAUCCUCCUUCUAAAAUGAGGUCACUUCAUUUUCAAGCUUCGAUCUGCGAUAUGUAAAUUCUAUUUAGGUCAUGGAGUGAAGACGGAACUAGGCUUGCAAUUAGUUAUUCAAACAAGAUAUCAAUAUAUUCAUUUUGUUAA